AUGGUUUCAGUCAAGUCACUCGUUGCCCUUGCGGCAAUUUCUGCAACACAUGUUCAGGGCAUUGAUCUUGAUCUUAACAGCACUGAUUCCAUGAAAUCGGCAGCUGGCACAAUCGCAAAGGACUUGGUCGGUCUUUACAACCAGUCUCAAACGCCAGGAAAUCCAAUUGGCGUUUUGAGUGCACCUUAUUACUGGUGGGAAUCCGGUGCUAUGUUCGACACUCUGAUACAAUACUGGCGUUUGACGGGAGAUUCUCAGUACAAUAAACUUGUCACCCAAGGAUUGGCCUCUCAACGAGGUCCCAAUGACGAUUUCAUGCCACUAAACCAAACGGCUUCCAUGGGUAGUGAUGAUCAAUCUAUUUGGGCUCUUGCAGCAAUGUCUGCAGUAGAGACACGACUAGUCGAAGAUCAGAAUGUUUCUUGGGUUGACCUUGCUCAGGCAACGUUCGAUGAACAGGUACUUCGAUGGGAUGAGGAAACUUGCAAUGGAGGUCUUCGCUGGCAAAUUUUUACUUUCAAUGCCGGCUAUAGCUACAAGAACACGAUUACAAAUGGAAACUUUUUCCAACUCGCGGCUCGUCUUGCUGUUUCUAAGAACAACGUCACUUAUUCGGAAUGGGCAACCAAAGCAUGGGAUUGGACUAAAGCGGUCGGUUUUAUUGAUGAGGACUUCAAUGUUUUUGACGGCGCUGAUGUUUCCAAAAACUGCUCUGCGAUCAACAAAGUGCAAUUUUCGGAGAAUGCAGGUACAUUCAUUGCAGGCGCUGCUUAUAUGUACAACCAUACCAACGGAGAUACUCAAGCUCAAUGGAAAACCGCUCUUGACGGUCUUUUAAAUAGAACUAUCUCCGUAUUCUUCCCAUCUGGAAUCGCCACGGAGACUGCCUGCGAAUCCAAAAAUUCUUGCACCAUAGACCAACGGUCCUUUAAAGGUGUACUAGGAAAAUGGCUCGUCGAUACCGUCGUCGUUGCCCCAUACACCAGCGAUCUCAUCACCAAGCAACUUAUCUUCUCCGCCGAAGCUGCCGCAAAGACUUGCGGUGACAAUGGAUGUGGUUUAGAUUGGAGUGGUAAUGCCAAAAACAGUUCUUCUGGGGUGGGAGAGCAAAUUGAUGCUCUCAAUUAUGUACAAGGAUUGCUUCAUGGCCAGGCUUCAGCAUCUACCACCCAGAAUUCUUCCAGCGCGACUACAAAUGGCUCUGGAGGCUCUACAAGCACAAGUGAAAGUGCCAGCCCGUCUGCUACUCAGAAUGCGGCGGUUGGAAUGGUUGUAGGACACUCGGCUUUGAGUUUCUCGAUGUUGGGAGCAUUGACUUGGUUGUUGUUGUAA